AUGGGAUCUUUCGAAGCCAGCCAGCAAGCAGACCUCAAGUCAAUCUCCCUAUUCGGGCUUCUUGAAGGCAACUUGGAGGCUGCGAACGAUCUUGUAUCUGCUUGCAAAGAAAAAGGAUUUUUUUACCUCGAUUUCCGCGAUGCCUCAACUUGCAAGAUGUUGACACAGGUCGAUGAUCUCAUUACAGUUGGUAGAGAAGUGUUCAAGCUUUCUCUGGAAGAGAAAGAGCAGUACAGCACUGAGAAACAUCUACCCUCGAGACUUCAAGGGUGCAUUCACAACAACGGCCUCUGGGGAGAUGACACCCUGGAGCUUCCUCUAGCCUUGGAAGAGAACCUACCUCUCAUCAAGACCUGGAUGAGCGAGGUUCACGGAUAUACCGAGUGUAUUCUCUCCAUUCUGUCCAAAGCUCUCAACCUUCCAUACAAUUUGAAAGACUGCCAUCGCAAAGACGUUCCAUCUUCCGCCAAUAUGGCCAUGCUCAACUACUUACCAUGGGGCAGUACCGACGAGAAAGUUGGAAACAUGGCACAUACGGACAUGGGAACCUUGACCGUUGUCUUCACCAAGAAUGACGGCUUGCAGGUCUUUGAACCUGAGACUGAGCAAUGGUACUAUAUCAAGCCCCGAUCUGGACAUGCCGUUGUGAACGUCGGCGACUCGCUGCGAUUCCUCUCCAAUGGUGCAUUGGCAUCCAACCUUCACCGUGUCGUGCCUCCGGCGAACCCGGAGGGACUGGACAAGUUUUCCUGCAUCUACUUCCUACGCCCCGAAUUCGACGCCAAAUUCACCUCCCGUGAUGGGAAGGUGAUGAAUAGUGUUGAGUGGCAUAAUCAGAAAUAUGCGCUCUUCCGAGAGGCGAGCUUGGAUGCUAAGAAGCACGGCGCUAUGCUGACUGGUCGAAAUGGAUAUCUUGGUGCCACGACUGAGACUGUCUAG